AUGUCCCUGGGUCUGGAUCCGUGUGUUCCAGCACAGAGCGGCCCUUUUAGGGAGGCUCCUGUGGGGGAGGCUCCUGUAGUGGAGGCUCCUGUGGGGGAGGCUCCUGUAGUGGAGGCUCCUGUGGGGGAGGCUCCUGUAGUGGAGGCUCCUGUGGGGGAGGCUCCUGUAGUGGAGGCUCCUGUGGGGGAGGCUCCUGUAGUGGAGGCUCCUGUGGGGGAGGCUCCUGUAGUGGAGGCUCCUGUGGGGGAGGCUCCUGUAGUGGAGGCUCCUGUGGGGGAGGCUCCUGUAGUGGAGGCUCCUGUGGGGGAGGCUCCUGUAGUGGAGGCUCCUGUGGGGGAGGCUCCUGUAGUGGAGGCUCCUGUGGGGGAGGCUCCUGUAGUGGAGGCUCCUGUGGGGGAGGCUCCUGUAGUGGAGGCUCCUGUAGUGGAGGCUCCUGUGGGGGAGGCUCCUGUAGUGGAGGCUCCUGUGGGGGAGGCUCCUGUAGUGGAGGCUCCUGUGGGGGAGGCUCCUGUAGUGGAGGCUCCUGUAGUGGAGGCUCCUGUGGGGGAGGCUCCUGUGGGGGAGGCUCCUGUGGGGGAGGCUCCUGUAGUGGAGGCUCCUGUGGGGGAGGCUCCUGUAGUGGAGGCUCCUGUGGGGGAGGCUCUUGUAGUGGAGGCUCCUGUGGGGGAGGCUCCUGUAGUGGAGGCUCCUGUGGGGGAGGCUCCUGUGGGGGAGGCUCCUGUAGUGGAGGCUCCUGUGGGGGAGGCUCCUGUAGUGGAGGCUCCUGUGGGGGAGGCUCCUGUGGGGGAGGCUCCUGUGGGGGAGGCUCCUGUGGGGGAGGCUCCUGUAGUGGAGGCUCCUGUGGGGGAGGCUCCUGUGGGGGAGGCUCCUGUGGGGGAGGCUCCUGUGGGGGAGGCUCCUGUAGUGGAGGCUCCUGUAGUGGAGGCUCCUGUAGUGGAGGCUCCUGUAGUGGAGGCUCCUGUAGUGGAGGCUCCUGUAGUGGAGGCUCCUGUAGUGGAGGCUCCUGUGGGGGAGGCUCCUGUAGUGGAGGCUCCUGUAGUGGAGGCUCCUGUGGGGGAGGCUCCUGUGGGGGAGGCUCCUGUGGGGGAGGCUCCUCCUACCCUACACCUACUCUACCCUACACCUACUCUACCCUACACCUACCCUACACCUACCCCUACCCCACACCUACUCUACCCUACUCCUACUCUACCCUACACCUACUCUACACCUACCCUACCCUACACCUACUCUACACCUACCCUACACCUACUCUACCCUACACCUACUCUACACCUACCCUACACCUACUCUACCUUACACCUACUCUACACCUACCCUACACUUAUCCUACCCUACACCUACUCUACACUACACCUACUCUACACCUACUCUACUCUACCCUACCCUACCCUACACCUACUCUACCCUACCCUACACCUACUCUACCUUACACCUACUCUACACCUACCCUACACUUAUCCUACCCUACACCUACUCUACACUACACCUACUCUACACCUACUCUACUCUACCCUACCCUACCCUACACCUACUCUACCCUACCCUACACCUACACCUACCCUACUCUACACCUACUCUACACCUACCCUACCCUACACCUACUCUACCCUACACCUACCCUACUCUACACCUACUCUACCCUACCCUACCCUACACCUACCCUACUCUACACCUACCCUAUACCUACUCUACCCUACACCUACUCUACACCUACUCUACUCUACACCUACCCUACACCUACUCUACACCUACCCUAUACCUACUCUACCCUACACCUACUCUACACCUACUCUACCCUACACCUACUCUACACCUACUCUACCCUACACCUACUCUACCCUACACCUGAUCUACACCUACCCUACACCUACUCUACCCUACCUCUACACCUACUCUACCCUACACCUACUCUACACCUACCCUAUACCUACUCUACUCUACACCUACUCUACCCUACAUCUACCCUACCCUACACCUACUCUACCCUACCCUACACCUACUCUACCCCUACCCUACACCUAUUCUAUCCUACACCUACUCUACUCUACUCUACACUUACUCUACUCUACCCUACACCUACUCUACACCUACCCCACACCUACUCUACACCUACUCUACCCUACACAUACUUUACUCUACCCUACACCUACUGUACACCUACCCUACACCUACUCUACCCUACCCUACACCUACUCUACCCUACACCUACUCUACCUUACCCUACACCUACUCUACCCUACCCUACACCUAUCCUACACCUUCCCUACAAAUACUCUACCCUGA